AUGAUUUAUAUUUUAGGACCUGAAUACAAGCCCAGAAAGAAGUUCAUAGGGAAAUUAUUUGUGUUCCUUUGCGAUAUUUACAUUUGGUUAUUGUUCUUUCCAUGCAUGAUUACAUGUUUUGAAUUUUGCAUUUGUAAUUAAGAAUAGGGAUGUACUCUUGAUACAGUGAGAUUAAUCUUAACUUUUUUGGCCAUUUUGGGAUUGAUAUGCGGUUUGCUUAAUAUAGUUGUAUUAACUGCUUUGUUUCAUAAUAAUUGGGAAAACAAAAAAGAUUGUUUCAAUGGAGAAAAUGUAAUUUAUCUAACCAGUUAUCAAUUCAGUCGUUUUGUGAUGGCAUUCUUCGUAGUUUUCAGUACUAAAGUUUACACUUUCUUAUGGUUGUUUAUGAUAGUAUCAUUUCUGAUCUACACAUUGUUUUUAGCGAACAUCCUAAUUGGAAAUGGCUUCCUAGCUUUUGGGACUAAAUACACUAGGUCAUUAUUUAUCGUGAUGUUGAUAUUUCUGGUUAGCACAACCUUUUCAUCAAUUGUCGAUGAAUUGCAUCGAAGCUAGAAUUCUGAUACAACAAUUGAAAAUUUUAGCGUUUAUUUUUCAUUCACUUUGAUCUUCCUCUUAUUGACAGUUGGUUAUAACUUGAGACACACUCAGAGUAUUACUAUUUAAUUUGAUAUCCAUCAACUCACUCCUGAUGCUCUGUAGAAAUAAAUAUAUACAACCCUUGCUUUCCUGGAGGUUUCACUUACUGAUAUCUCAAUUGAUACCUAUUUCAAAGGGAUUCUGUAGAGACAUUUGGAUUUUGAAUGUUAACAUCCUGUUAUAAAAGGAGAGGGCAGGUGUUUUUGCAAAAAGAAAAGAGUCUAUGAUUCAAAGAAACGAAAGGAGGUGAGAGUGGAAGAGUGGAUUACAACGAAAGCAAUAAUUAUGAAAUUUCUGAUUAAAAGUUGGAUUGAAACCUAUCUUGGGGAUCGACCUAAUGAUGUGAGUGUUCAAAUACUGUAUGCUAGGUUUAUGUUCAGUAAAUUUCACAAUCAUCAAAUUGCAUUGCAUAUUCUAUCAGGUCUGGAGAAGCGAUUCACCUUCUUAUUGGAUAGAUACAGAUCUUAUCAAUUGAAAUGGAAAAUAAUAAAAUUCAUCAGACACAGGAAUAGUGAUAGUUAUAAAGGGAAAUUGGAGAUUGAGAAUGCAUUAUUUGUUGAAGAACAAAUUGAUUCAAUAAAAAACAACAUCACAAACAUUCUAAAGUAGAACUGCGUAUUUUGGAACAAUCUUCAGUAAACAACUAUUGAUAUGAGUGAGAUGGACAAUCUAUUGUAAAUGAUUUUCAAAAAAAUAGAAGCGACUAAACAUCUAUGGAUGACAAUUACUAAUUAUUUGGAGUAUAAAAAGAAGUGGAAAUUUUAUUAUGCAUGGUUCACUCUCUAUAUUUUGAAUAAGAAAAUUAAGAAUAGAAUUUUAGACAACUUCUAGGGGUUCUAGGUAAAUGAGAACGAUAUCUUCUCAGAAGAACUGCAAGAACACAAUGCCGAUGAAGAUGUCAAUAGUGUCAAGUCUGGAUACUUAGAUAAUGAGAAGAUAGAGAUAAAAAGCAGGAAAAUCAUAUUUGAUAAAAAAGCCUGUAUUAUAUAAGCGAGCGAUGACAUUCAAUCCUCAAUUCUCAAAGUUAAUAAACAAUUCACUCGCAUUUUCGGUUAUUCUAGUGAAGAAGUAGUAAGGAUAUUGCCCAUAAUCAAUUUGAUGCCUGAUGUCUAUGGUAAAGUCCAUCCUCAGAUUCUCAAUGAUUACAAACAAACAGGUAAGAGCACCUCUCUCUAUUCUCAAAGAAAGAUUUAUUGUCUUCAUAAAUCCGGUGUUAUGUUUACAGCUUGGAAAUUCUUAAAAUUGUAUGUUGAUUUGAAUGGUCUCUCCUAAUUUGUGAUUAUGAUUAGGCCAACUGAUUUUGAUAACGAAAAGAAGCAUGAUUACAUGAUCCUUAAUAAUGAUUGGGAAAUUAAUGGAAUGACGAAUAACGUACUUUCAGGACUCAAUCUCGAUCCUCGACUUUUCAAGAAGACUUCAUCUGAAUUCAUACUCUUUAAUAUGCUUCUAUUUGCACCCAAACUUAUUUAAUAUUCCAGAAUAGCUCCCUUGAUUAAUGAGGAAAAAGAUUUACCAGUUUUUGGAAUGAUGAAGAACCCCAAGAAACCAGUUCAAAAGGUCAUUCACCAUCAAAAUGUCCUUGAAAAUCAAUUAUCUAAUUCAAGCAAACCAAAAAUUAAUGUCAAUAUGCUUGGCUCAGCCUCACUCAAAUAGUCACUUGGCAAACCAAUUCAAGGUUUGUAUUCUGAUCUUGAUUUCGGAUCCAAAGUGCUAUUACCAUAACAAUCUAUCGAUUAAUAGAUACCAUAAUAAUUGGUUAUCUAAAAUGAGAGAGAUAAAUGUCUUGUAGCAUCAAAUGAGUUCUAUUAGUGA